GCGUUGUCGACCUCGAGCAGCAGUUGGCUUCUCCACGUAGAACUCGGGAGUAGGAGAUUCAGAAUUGAAUCUCUUCUCCCUUCCCCCUCCUGUGAGAUUUUUUUGAUCUUCAGCUACAUUUUUCGGCCUUGUGAGGAACCUUAUCAUCAAAGAAAAUGGCCAGCAAUGUUACCAACAAGACAGAUCCUCGCUCCAUGAACUCCCGUGUAUUCAUUGGGAAUCUCAAUACUCUUGUGGUCAAGAAAUCUGAUGUGGAGGCAAUCUUCUCAAAAUACGGCAAAAUUGUUGGUUGCUCUGUCCAUAAGGGCUUUGCCUUCGUUCAGUAUGUUAAUGAGAGAAAUGCCCGGGCUGCUGUGGCAGGAGAGGAUGGCAGAAUGAUUGCUGGCCAGGUUUUAGAUAUUAAUCUGGCCGCAGAGCCAAAAGUAAACCGAGGAAAAGCAGGUGUGAAACGAUCUGCAGCGGAGAUGUACGGGUCAGUACCAGAACACCCUUCUCCGUCCCCUCUACUCAGCUCCUCUUUUGACUUGGACUAUGACUUUCAACGAGAUUAUUAUGACAGGAUGUAUAGUUACCCAGCACGUGUUCCUCCUCCUCCUCCUAUUGCUCGGGCUGUAGUUCCUUCAAAACGCCAGCGUGUAUCAGGAAACACCUCACGAAGGGGCAAAAGUGGCUUCAAUUCUAAGAGUGGACAGCAAAGAUCUUCUUCCAAGUCUGGAAAGUUGAAAGGUGAUGACCUUCAGACCAUUAAGAAGGAGUUGACCCAGAUAAAACAAAAAGUGGAUUCUCUACUGGAAAGCCUGGAAAAAAUUGAGAAAGAACAGAGCAAACAAGGAGUAGAGAUGAAGAAUGAUAAGUCAGAAGAGGAGCAGAGCAGCAGCUCCCUGAAGAAAGAUGAGACUAAUGUGAAGAUGGAGUCUGAGGGGGGUGCAGAUGACUCUGCUGAGGAGGGGGACCUACUGGAUGAUGAUGAUAAUGAAGAUCGGGGGGAUGACCAGCUGGAGUUGAUCAAGGAUGAUGAAAAAGAGGCUGAGGAAGGAGAGGAUGACAGAGACAGCGCCAAUGGCGAGGAUGACUCUUAAGCACAUAGUGGGGUUUAGAAAUGUUGUCCCAUUAUUUCUUUACCUAGGCGCUUGUCUAAGAUCAAAAUUUUCACCAGAUCCUCUCCCCUAGUAUCUUCAGCACAUGCUCACUGUUCUCCCCAUCCUUGUCCUUCCCAUGUUACAUUAAUUCAUAUUGCCCUGCGCCUAGUCCCAUUUUCACUUCCUUUGACGCUCCUAGUAGUUAUGUUAAGUCUUACCCUGUAAUUUUUGCUUUUAAUUUUGAUACCUCUUUAUGACUUAACAAUAAAAAGGAUGUGUGGUUUUAAAAUA